GUAAUCCCUAACAGUUGUUCUAGCUCAUAACUAAUAAGCUCAUAACACUCAAAUGUCGUUUUGUAGUUGAGCAAACUAUAAAGUAUUGAGCUCUGUUGGCUUUUAUGCGACUUUAAUUGAAUAGGGCUCAAUAUUUUUUAGCUAAUUUGUUUGGAACGCUCAAAAAGUUUAAGAAGCAUAUAUUAGUGACGUUCUGGUGGGUGGAGUCUUGUCGCUCCCUCAGGAAAGCUGAGUCAGCCAUCUUGAAUUUACCUUGAUGCGGGGAAGAUUUGGCCUGCCCGUGUGGAUUAAGAGUCCCCAACUUCAACCUACAACGACCACCACCUUAAUUUUUUUCAUCAACUGCCCUAAAUUUGGUAAGUCUAACGUGUUUUUGUUUUGUUUAAAUUUAAUUUCGAUAAACAGUCUUUUUUAUUUUUUACUGGAAAUAUAUUCGUACUUUGUGCACAGUGAAUGUUUGUUAUAAAUAAAUUCGAAUCCAAGUAAUUGUAAUUUUAGAAGUUUUCGAAUGUGACAAAUACGUAAUGUUAUUUCAAAUUACAACGGUGUAACGUUUUGGCGGUUUUCCGUGGGGGACAACAUUUCCCAUAAUGCAUUGUAUUCUUGCCCGGGAAGUUGACGGUGGCAGUUCUAGCUCCAUGCAUUUGAACUUUCUACUAAAACUUUCUACUGUCCGUUUCUACCGGUUGUCGUAUUCGCCGGUAAUGCACGUGCGUAUUAGGGGUAUUCCACUAAGCGAGCUCUACAAGUCAAGACUGGGCAGUGGGUCCAUGAAUAAACUGCCUCACUCCUGCAGGUGUCUGUCCAUACUUCCCAUCGUUCAAGAACCAAAAGAUGGCUGCUGCCCAGAAGCAUGUGGUGCAUGUGUAUGUUGAACGAGACACCGCCCUGAAACUUACUCUACUUGAGCGACCAAAGUCAGUGGAGGAGCUGAAAGAAAUAAUUAAAGAGAGGAGGUUCAAGCCAAGACCGAAUGGGGACUUUAGCCUUCACUAUGUCCUCAUGGACACAACCUAUGCCCUAUGUCGCCAAGAAAUUGUUGGAGCUGUUGGAGCUCCACGAGUGAGAGACAUCGUGGACAGAUGGCCAGCCCUACUUAUGGAGUCACAGGUGGUUGCAGAGUUCCACCGAAUCAAGAAUGUUAACCUGCGCACUCAAUUCUACAAGGAGCUGGACAGACACACGCCUAGACUCAUCACUUUGUUCCGAGACAAGGCCAUCAAGACUGGCAAGAUUGCAGAGGAGCUAGCAAAGCUCAUGAGAAUUUAUGACAUUCAGGAACAGCGUGAUGUAAAUACAAGACGGGUCCUCGUCCUUCAUGCACUUCCUGUGUACCUGCGUGAAGAUGCCUCCACGUUAUUCAGGACUUGUGAUUCAGCAGAUGGUCCAGACCUCACUGUCACUCUUGUGGCUCUGCUGACAGUUGUCACGGAUGACACUACUGAUUCGGCCCUCUUCAGUCCCGAAAGUAUCUGCAUUGUCGUUGAGGAUGAAAUACUUGUGAAUGGUCCCACAAAUCUGGCUGACUCAUUUCUCCUGCUCUUUGGGUACAUCUAUGCACUAGACCUACAAUACCCAAAGAAACUUGAGCUUACAUUCACAUUUAUCCAGAAGGUUGUGAUGUGACUUGAGGACAACAAACCACUGAAAGGGCGUCUACUGACGCUGAAGAAUGAUUUGUUCAAUGAGUGAAUCACUCAGAAUGGACUACUUGUUGAGCUGAGUAUUGAGAAAGCUUUUUUUUUUUUUCCUAAUCAUUUGGCUCUUCUAGUUCAAAUUUAAAGUGAAUGACUGCUCAUUUCGUGGACUAUUCAUGUUUAACGUUCUGUUGCCUAAUACCUUAAUGCACUGCCUUGAUGUUUGUUACCUAUGAAGUACAGCAGUGGAAACCAGUACAUUUUUUUUAUGUAUUUUUAAAAUAAGUGAGCUGCAGCUGUCAAGGUACAGUAAGUGUUAAAUGCCUCAAUGUUCUAAUAGCUGCAAUUGCUGUUAAUACUGAAAAUGUUAUUUAAUUUUAGAAUCGAGAUGGAGACCCUUGGAGUCUUUCUUUUGUUUUAUUUAUGAAGCACUUUUUUAUGAGUGAGCUCCGUUAUCCGUGCCUUUUUAAAAGCACAUUGUGUUUAAUAAAAAAAGUUAAAUUGUUAGUGUUGUUACUUUCAUGUUUUCUAACACUUUUAGCUGAUUAUAAUUUACUGGGCAAACAGUUUAGAAUUAUUUGUAAAUGUAUUUCCCACAGUAUUUUAAAAAUAUUUAUUAGAUUUUAAGUGUUAUUUCCCAUAUUAUAAGUUAGAAAAUAUGAAAAAGUUUGAGUUUAUUUCCCACAUCGUAUGAGUUGCAAUAUGUAAAAUAUUUUGAGUGUAUUUUCCACCUUAA